CGGCCGGGGCUGUGCUGCAGACCCGUGCAGGAGUCGGUGCGGCGUCUAGUUCAGCUGAGAAGCACGGACCGGACCGAUCUGCAUUUUAUCCUUUCUUCCAUCUGCUCCCAGUUGUCUUCAGCAUGGGGGAACAGAACCACUCUUCUGGGAAAGAGCUUCAGCAAAGGACGCGAGCAGAAGCUCCAGGAAAGAAAAGCUGGCACUCUCAGGCCUACACACUUGGGGCCAUUUCCAACUUUAUGUCAACUUUUCUGACCUUUCCUAUUUAUAAGGUUGUGUUCCGGCAACAGAUCCAUGCUGUGGCAGUGUCCGAGGCUGUGAGACAGCUUUGGCAUGAAGGCCCUCAAUACUUCUACCGGGGAAUUUACCCCCCUCUUCUCUCCAAGACAUUGCAAGGGACUCUACUGUUUGGGACCUAUGAUACCCUGCUGGGCUCUCUUUCCCCUGUCGGGCCACACUCCCUGGGACACCGCUGGGCAGCAGGGUUCAUGUCUGGUGUGGUGGAGGCAGUGGCACUCAGUCCUUUUGAAAGGGUGCAGAAUGUGCUCCAGGAUGGUCGCAAGCAAGCCCGCUUCCCUAGCACCUUCAGCAUCCUCAAGGAAUUCAACUCUUACGGGCCUUGGGGGCGGGUGUCGCGGGGCUACUAUCGGGGUUUCUGGCCUGUCCUCGUCAGGAACAGCCUGGGGAGUGCUCUGUACUUCUCCUUCAAGGAUCCCAUCCAGGAUGGCCUGGCAGCACAAGGCCUGCCCCAUUGGGUUCCUGCCUUGGUGUCUGGUGGCAUCAAUGGAACAGUCACCUGCCUAAUCCUGUAUCCUCUGAUUGUGCUGGUUGCCAAUAUGCAGUCCCAUAUUGGCUGGCACAGCAUGCCUAGCCUGUGGGCCUCUGCCCAGGAUGUGUGGGACACUAGGGGCCGAAAGGUGUUCCUGAUCUACCGUGGGGGCUCCCUGGUCAUCUUAAGGUCCAGUGUGACAUGGGGCCUCACGACUGCUAUCCAUGACUUCCUGCAAAGGAGGUCUCACUCCAGGAAAGAGCUGAAAGACUGAUCAGCUGCAGAAAGUGUGGCCAGGGCAUCUUUGUUGUUCUAAGCCCUCCCACAUUGGUUCUAUGUAGCUUACUUUUUUGGCUUGGUUACCUAAUACAGCCAUUCCAUCACAAUAAUACCCAUCAUUGCAUGGGUGAAGUUUCCAACUGUCAGCCUGGUGGGCUUAGACAAAACCCAACAAGUUUCCUUGGACCGAAAGAGAAACUCACCCCAGUCUAUCCACAGCUCCAGACCCAACAAGCCUUCAGAUAACUUAUAACCCAGAUGAAAUGUCAUUCCUUUAAGAAAUUCCUUGAAAAUAAGAGGUAACUUAUAAGGAUGACCUUAAUCAGGCACUGUGAGUACUGAGGCCUCUCCAGUUGUCCUCCAGGCUAAACUGAAUGGGGAACCAGGAACUCCAGUUUCAAAGAACUACCCUUGACUCUUCAGAUGAGGAUUCCAUAGAACUUCUCAGAUGGGACCAUUUCAAUGACAUUGUUCACUACCCCUACCACUACCACUCUCACUUUUCAUGGUCGUGGAUCCUAGUUUCAGAGCAAUGGCUGUGGCUGGAAAUCCCAAAUUGAACUUGCCUAGACUGAUCAGGUGUCACAAAAUCUGGUGGGACUGGAGAUGGGAGUGGAAAGAGGUGUGGUCCCUGGAUGGAAAGACUAAAGACCUUGAGGAAAGUGAUUUAAUUGCACGCAAAAGAGGAAAAAUCUCCUAUAGGUUGCUUGGUGUUAUCUGCUGGGACAUUUGUUAUAGGAGGGUGAUAACACUGCCUAGAAACCACUUGCUUUUCCCUGAUAAAUCUGGAAAUGAAGUGAUCAUAUCUCUUUGCAAAUAAUUGCAUAUUUUGUUGACUAGGUAAAUAUAGUUACCAUGAUACAGAUUACAGAUAAGAAAUCUUAGCGUAUCAUUCAAAACCAUUAAAAAAAAAUAGUUCCUAUAUAACUCAGCAUUUUACCGCACCAUUUCCACUUACACAAACCCCACCCACCAAGCCAAAUUGGAUUAUUGUUCUCCCCCUAAGCAUGCCAUGAAGUCUCCCAUGACCAUGCCUUGGCCCACACUAUUCACCCUGCCUACAGUGUCCCUCCUCCACAUGCCAGUCUGCCAAAAUCCAUCCAGGUCUUCAAGGCCCAGCUCAGAUGCCACGUCGUCUAUGGAACCUCUUGAUUCUCCCAGGUGAAUGUGAUAUUAGUUUCCUGUGAUGCCCCUCUCCAAUAAUACUUCUAACAUCUCUAUGGUACUGAUCCCAUGUGGUCCCGUAUUCUUUUUGGAAUUUUCGAAUACCUCCUACUAUUAGACUAUAAAACUCCUUGAAAGCAGGGACUCUUGUAUGUAUCUUUAAAUCCCUCCAUUGUGCCUAGGUGCUCAAUAAAUGUUGACUGAAUUAUUGAAUUGAGUAUUAAACUGUGAUAUGGUCUAUAUCCUCAGGGUGCUGUCCCUUGUACAUGAAGAUGAUGUUAUUGACACACUGUCAGUAAGUCCCAUGCCUUAGGGUAUGUUUUUUGUUUUCUUUUAGUAGUGGAUUUAGUUUUGUGCUGCUAAUGAUGAUGAUAAUAAUAAAUUACUUUCUUUCAAAUGGAACAUUUGAUGAGUUUGUGUUAUUGAUGGCAUGUUUGUGAUUAGCACCACUUCAGGAACUGGAAUUUCAUAAACAGAAUUACACUGUGUAACUAUGCUGUUUGUUUCAACUCUGGAAUUUUGAGGAGUUCCAAUAUGAUGUCUGUUGCGAUUUUCCUUAUAGAUGAUGAUGACCUCCGCUUGCACCUCCUUACCAAAGAAAUUUGUCAUUUAUAAUGACCUGAUUGUACAUCCUAGUAUUGAGAAUCCCUCAACUGAGUAGCACAGAUAUUAAAGACACAGCUAUUGGUGAUACGAGAUCAGAGAGCAUUUGCUAGCAAGGUCAACAGAAAAUGGCUGGGCCAGAACAGGUGCAGAUGAGUUCCCACAUCUGAUCCUUGUGCAGAAGUGGGUGGCUUGGGACAGUCCUACACUUGUAGAUUCAAUUUGGAGGAAUCCAGAGACUAAAACUGGAUUGGAGGUGGAACACAGAGUCUGCACAAGGAAAGGAAAAAUAGAACAGCAGCUAGUUCUAGUUCAAGGCUAAAUAUCAGAAGGAAGAAAAUAUUCAUUACAAAAACUCAUAGCUUAUGAUCUUGAUUUUUAUGCCAUAAAGAAGGGGCUAACCCAUCACUACUCCCCUCUUUUCUUCACUUUAACUUUUUAUUUAGAAAUAAUUUCAAACUUACAGAAAAGUUAGAAGCAUAAGAAAGGUACAAAGAACACCUGUAUACCAUUUGCCCAAAUUCACUUACUGUUAACAUUUUGUCCCAUUUGCUUUUGCUAUUUGCUGCUAACCGGAAAGUCUGUGGUUUGAACCGACUAGCCGCUCUGUGGGAGGAAGAGACAGCAGUCUGCUUCUGUAAAGAUUCGCAGCCUUAGAAACCUUGUGGGGCAGCUCUACUCUGUCCUACAGGGCUGCUAUGGGUUGGAAUUGACUUGACGGCAGCAGAUGUUGGGCUUGGCUUUGUCAUUUGAGUGUGCACUCUUUCUGUACACACGCACAAGAUGAUAUUUUUCCCUGAACUCUCUGAGAGCUGCAGACAUCAAAUUUUGAUAUUUCUCGAUUCAAUAUUUGUAGAUUCGAAUUCUUUAAAAAAGACUGUCUUGUCUCUGACAAUGUUACAAUUGUUACAGAAUAUUACAAAAUGAAAACUCAUGGCAUAUUUUAAAGCUAGAUUGGUGGCAGUUGUUUGACUUUACUAUAUUUGCCUUGUAAAAACUAAAUUAAUAUUAUGUAAGUUGGUACUUGAACCUAUGUAAUUAUCAACAUGGAUUUACAAGUAAAAUUUGUAAUAAUUGAAAUAAUUAUUUUUACGAAUUGGUACAACCCAGGCAAUAUUGUAAAAUUAUAUAGGCCUAUCCACUUUUUUUCCAUGAAAAUUUUCUGAGUAAAGUUUAAAAGUGCAGUGUAAUAGUUUCUAAUAAUCUUAAAUAUCAUUAUUAAUAUUUAGCUUUGUGAUG